GAAAUCAGUUGCAGUGUACACUCGACAAACAUCCCCAGGCUAGCGUGCUUGCCAGUUGUUACAGCGUCAAAUCAUCCACUUCCGUGAUCGAUAGUUUCCACUACUGCACUACCGCGGGGGCCGGUACGAUGCCCCUUUCCGCAAUCGAUCAUUAUGGUCUAAACUUCGGACACAGUGGUAUCCCUGAGGUCCCUUCGGGGUCAAAGACAUCUCCAAGUCCUCCCUUUGGACUCUCCAUCGCUCCAGGCGUGGGGGUUAGUUGGCCGGGCAAUAUAUUACCGGAAUAUAAAGGGGAGGCAAUGCAUACUAUCCCGGAAGAGUGUGAGAGGCUCUUCUGUGACACAUUGUCUGCGAUCUUUCUUGGUGAGAGGAGCUUCGCUGGACAAGAGUCACUUGGGGUAGGUGCGUCUCAAAGCCGGCCGAACAAUAGUAUGCCGAUUGCACAGUGGUUCGAGCUGUUGGAUUACACCAGCGACACUAUACACCGUGGUUUUGUAACCAAUGCGAGCGGCGAACCGACCUUGUUUGUUUUCCUUGCAGAGAACGCACUCGGUCACGGUCUGAAAACAGGGUUGAUUGCCCUGUUUGAACUUGCUAAUAUAUCUGCUUUUGGGUGCCCCCGAAUUGUGGCAUGUGUACCCCGUUCGCACGAUGCAGUUGAACUAGAAGCUGUACGGAACCUCGGUUGGUGCGGAUUCAGUUUGACUACUUUGCAACCGUGGAGUGGUGCAAGAGACGUCGAACGCUCGCUUAGCACUAAAUGGCUUUUCUUGGAUGCGGAGGUUUAGCUAUAGGCAACCAAACAGCUAGUUCACUUAUUCUAACAAGGAGCAAAGGCCAAAUGAUAUGAAUAAUCCUUAUAU